AGAAGAAGAAGUAAGUGAGAUUAGAAAGACGAAGAAGAAGAAGUCCGGUGGACUCGCUGCUGCUCGGCUGCAGGAACAUCACCACCAUCACCACCAUCAUGUCGCAGGCGAUAUUUGAGGUGUUGGAAGGCAUGGACAAUCAGACCGUCCUUGCUGUCCAGUCCUUCCUGGAUGGACAAGCUGGCGUCCCUGAUCACAGCAAUCAGACCGUCUCGGGAUCCGCCAUCCAGCCAAUGGACGAUGACGACGUUUUCCUGUGUGGAAAGUGUAAGAAGCAGUUCAACUCAUUGCCAGCAUUCUUAACUCAUAAGAGGGAGCAGUGCCAGAACACACCAUCACUCGCCACCGUGUCUCUGGCAUCUAGCAACACCUACACACCUGUACCCCCGGUCAGUGUAGUGCCACAACCACCGGCCAACAGACAGGUGUCAACGUACAUCACAGUGCCGCCGUCUCCUCUCACACACACCCUGGUGCAGGGGAACGUUCUGGUGAGCGACGAGGUUCUCAUGUCAGCCAUCUCGGCAUUCACAUCCAUGGACACUCCGGUCACGGCCAUGCAGGCUUCCUCUCAGAGCAAUCUGAGCAUGCCCAGUGCAGCAUCAUACCUGCAGCACCACCCACAGACAUCGCAGCCCCUUCCACUUGCCCAGGCUCCACCCCUUUCUGCUCAGGUUCCCUCCAGUAUUAACAGCUCAGUAGUGCAGGUGUACAGCACGCUGCCCCCGAUGGCUGGAGGUGGAAACACAGAGGUCCACACACUCGGCCUUCAGUCGUUCCAGCCUGUUCAGGGUGGUGGUCAGUGUAUGGACAGUCAGAGUGCAGAGUUCAGCAGCGCUCCUGUGUACACUUCAGCUAAACCAGCACAGAAGCAGAAGAGCUGCAGCAGCACCGUGACUCUGAGUGAGCUGAGCGAAUACGAUAAGGUCAUCAUCCCCAAAAAGACCCGCAACUCCAAGAAGGGACACGAAGGAGGGCAAACAAAAGCCAAAGGUCAGAAGCUCAAGUGUAGUUUCUGUGACAAGGUGUUCGCUAAAAACUUCGACCUGCAGCAGCACAUCAGAAGUCAUACAGGUGAGAAGCCUUUCCAGUGCAUCGUAUGUGGCCGAGCCUUCGCCCAGAAGUCCAACGUGAAGAAGCACAUGCAGACACACAAGGUGUGGCCAGCCGGAGUGCACAGCACAGUGUCCAGACUCCCCAUCACGGUGAAGCCUGUCCAGGAGAACAUGGCUCAACAUGCUGAUAGACAUGAAGAACACGGCAUUCUAGAUCAGAGCGAGGCAGAGCUCCAGUCUGAGGCCGACGGAUCCAAACAAGCCCAAAGCAAACAGACCAUCCUGAUCGACAGCUCGUACCAGUGCCAGUUCUGCACCGCAAAAUUCAGCAGCUACUUUCAGCUCAAAUCCCACAUGACCCAACACAAAGACGAGCAAGUGUACAGGUGUGUGGUGAAGGCGUGCUCUCAGACCUUCCAGAAGCUGGAGCUCUUCCUCGAGCACAUCCGUUCUCACCAGGAGCACCUGACCUACCGCUGUCACCUGUGUACCAAAGUGUUCCAGUCUCUCUUCGAGCUCGGCCUGCACCAGUACUCUCACAGCUUCUGUCCUCAGCAGAACAUGCGCAAAGACACCGCCUACUACAGGUGUAAUAAGUGUCAGAGUAAAUACUCCACACAGGAAGCUCUGGAGCAGCACAUCCUCACAGCCUCACACAACUUCCCCUGUCCACACUGCCACAAGGUUUUCCCCUGUGAGCGAUAUUUCCGGAGACACCUGCUCACUCACGGCGCCGUCGGCAGAUUCAAAUGCCAGAUCUGUAAAAAGCUGUUUAAAACGGAGCACUACCUCAAACUGCACACACAGAUACACUCAGGUGAGAAGCCGUAUAAAUGUUCAGUGUGUGAAGCCACAUUCAACCGCAAGGAUAAGGUGAAGAGACACAUGCUGAUCCACGAACCCUUUAAGAAGUACAAGUGUCCUUUCAGGACCCACGUUGGCUGCACCAAAGAAUUCAACAGACCAGACAAGCUGAAGGCACACAUCCUGUCUCACUCAGGAAUUAAGCCGUUUAAAUGCCAGUUCUGUCAGAAGAGCUUCAGUCGGCGUGCUCACAUGCUCGAGCACCAGCGCUCUCACACCAACAACUACCGUUUCCGCUGCUCCACCUGUGCCAAGGGCUUCACCCGCCUCAAAUACUACCGCGAGCACCGCUGCCCACUGACCACAGCCUCCGACACCACCACUGGAACAGCUGGAGGAGAUCUCCCAGGAGGAAGAGCGGAUUACACAGAGGCUCCGGAGGAAGAAGACGACCAUGAUGAAGAGACGAGCGAAGGUGGAGGUGUGGGAGCUGAAAUGGGAACAGGAGCUGAGAUGAUGAGAGGAACAGAGGAGGAAGAGGAGGAGGAAGAGGAAGAGCAAAAUGAGGGUCUGCAGGGAGAUGGAGGGGCUGAUGAACUGCUGGAGAAUACAGUGUUCGGCUCGACGGCUGAUUGACGGCUCUGUUGAAGUCAUCUGGUUUAGUAGGAAAUUCAGCACCACAAAGAAAAUCUUGGUUCGUUCAUCAGAGGGUUUGCCGUCAAUGCUGCAGAGUUUCUGUAUCAGCAAAUGGAGCUUUGUCCGGCUAAAGUAAUGUAACAGUUAAAUAAAUUGUGAUGGUACAGCUGUAAUUAUAAUCCUGCACAACAAGCACAUGGAGACGGACCUAACUGCACACCUGUGAGGUGAUGUACCGUCGCUUUACAACCUGCUAGCUCACACCCAGAUUUAGCAGCGGACUCGUGAUCGUUAACAUGUUUUCGUUUUAUAUUAAAACUUCCACUGUUUUUAUUUCAUUUUCUCGUUGUAGAGAAGAGUGGAAAUGAAUUGCUGCUGUAAUAAUGAACUGUGUGUGUGUGUGUGUUUUGGAUGAGUGCACUUUGAGUGUAAAUGAGUCGUGCAAACGGUCCUGGAAAUAAAUGAAACCUUGAGCAUGAUGAGAGCGUGCGUCUCUUCCUGUCUCGGCUGUGAUUCCGUCACUGCCAGGUUUAAUUCGUCAUCCUUAUUUUUCUGCAACAACAAUUCUAAAAAGUUCUGUUUCUUUUAGAAAAUUGCCAGUUUAAUCCAGACUGCUCGCUUCUGCUCAUUGUAUUUCUACAUGUUAUUUAAACACUGUUGCAUUCAGCUGUUUGUUUAAUUACUCGUUUCCAUCCGUCCACUUAAUGCCUUUGUUUUACUUUAUUUGUUGUUGAUGAUCUUUCGGCUGCUCUCUUGUGUGUGAGGGGUCACCCACAGCGGGCCAACCGGUUCGCACAACAACUUGUCACAGGUUUUACGCCAGAUGCCCUUCCUGACGCAACUCUCCCAUUUUCAUCCGGGCUUGGGACCGGCACUACAUCCAGUGGCUGGGGUUUGGGCACUGGCUGGGAAUCGAACCCAGGCCUUCCACAUGGUAGGCGAGAAACAUUCCACUGAGCCACUUUACUUGUGUUCCUUAAAUUUGGUGUUGCUUUACUAACGUAACUUACUAACUUUACUUGUUACUUUCUUCACCCGUCACUUCAUUUCCUUAUGCACACUUGUCUUAUUUUUUCUUUUUUACCUACUUUACAUGCCCUUCUUUACCUGUGCCACUUUACUUAGUUGUCAGUUCGUGUGGAAUGUAGUUCUUCACUUGCGCUGGCUAUUUUAUGUUUGUUGUUUCUUUACUUCUUACUUUGUCUGUGUGUGCUUUUCUUACAUUUCUUCCAUUAGUUAUUUUACAUACUUGUAUCAACUUUGUGUGUAUGUGUAUCUCCUCCAUCCUUGAGGUCAGCCAUGAUGCAGGGUUGGUUGGGGGCCUUGCUCAGGGGCGCAGGUUGGCAGUGCUGGUGCUUGAACCCCGAUCUUCUGGUCAAUGCCCCAGAGCCUUAACCACUUGCGCUACCACCGCCAGACAUUCUAUACUUGUGUUAUGGUUAGUUGUUUUACUUCUUUACAUUUCUUGCAUAAUUUAUUUUACAUACUUACAUUACUUGCUCCUUUUAGACUUUACAUGGGUUUCAUUUUUAUUACUUUUCCUUGCAGCACUUUCUCACUUCAUGUUAUUUUCUCUACUUGGAUGUGCUGUUUACCUUGUUUGUGUUACUUUACACCCUUGUUUACUUAUGAGUUUAAGUGUGUUACUUUAUUUUCUUGCUUGACGUGCCAACUUUAUUUCUUGGGCAUUACUUGCAUGUUUGCUGUCCUACCAUCUAGCACAAUUUACUUUGCUUAUAACGUUUACUUGUUACGUUCUUAGCUGUGUUUACUUAUGUAGCAUACACUACUUUAUUUUAUCUACUAGUGUUCCUUACAUACUUUACUGAUUCUGUACAUGCCUUACAUUCUUCUUAUGUUACUUAACAGCCGUUUAAACAUAAAAUAUAAAUGCAUGUUUGCUUGUUACUUCCUUGACUUAAAUACUUAUUUUACUUCUUGUGCAGCUCUCUUACUGUUGCCAGUUCUGCUUUACUUUGUUUAUUUGUUACAUGUUUUAUUUACCUGCCUUUCAUACAUGCUUGUUACUUUCUGUACGUGCUACUUUUUUACCUUCAUUAACUCUAUUUGUCAAACCAGGAAGGGCAUCCGGCGUAAAACCUGUGCCAAAAUCACGCGGGUCGAUUGAUCCGCUACAAAACAGCGGACCCUGCAAGUGUGCGGGACAAAUGUUAAGGAAAAAAACAACAAAAAAAACUCUUGUCAAACGAGUAAAUCAGAGGGACAGCUCAUGUUGGACGUUUGGGGGACAAAGUUAGGGAGGCCAGGUUAAGAUGGUUUGGACAUGUUCAGAGGAGGGAGAGUGAGUAUGUUGGACAUGGAGCUGCCAGGCAGGAGGCAAAGAGGAAGGACAAAGAGGAGGUAUAUGGAUGUAAUAAAUGAGGAUAUGAAGCUAGUGGGUGCAAGUGUUGAGGAUGCAGAAGAUAGGAAUAGGUGGAGAGAGAUGAUUCGCUGUGGAGACACCUGAAAGGAAAAGCCGAAAGAAGAACUCGAUUUGCCAUAUUUGCUUGUGUUACUUUGUUUGACUUUUUUACAUAAUUGCACUACUUGGCUUGUGUUGCAUGUUACUUACAUAACCAACUAUUUACUUGUUUCCUGUGUUAAACAUUUCAAAUCAGUUUAACAACCAUAAUUUAUAUCCUGUUUUCCUCUGUUGCAUCAUUUCACUUCUUUCUCCUGUUCAUGAACCCCAAAACUCUUCAGCAGGGCUGAAUGUACACCAUAAACUUGCCAA